CACAACGUUGACUGCCAAGAAGAAGAAGAAGAAGAAGAAGGACCGCCCGUCCGGUGGCGCCACAUGUUUUGCUGUCCGUCUAGCAAAGUAACUAUAGUGAACAAGCGUAGACAUUGCUUUAAAUUAGUAAUUUUCUUACAACCUGUAUUGUGAAUACUUUUGAUGGACUGCGUAGAGCAGAAAGACCCAGAAGCAAAGGCGCCUUCAGUUGUCGACCGAUAUUACACACGAUGGUACAGAGCCGAUAUGAAGGGGAAACCAUGUGAGGACCACUGCAUCCUGCAGCAUUCAAACAGAAUAUGUGUUGUCACAUUAGCAGACACUCACCCGAUCCUUCAGAGUGGGCGGACAAUCAAAAGCAUCAAUUACCAGAUCAGUAAUGGCUGCAGUCGGCUGAACAAUAAAGUGUCUGGGAAGUCCAAGCGGGGGGGUCAGUUCCUUACAGAUUUUGCUCCUCUGUGUAGGAUAACAUGCACAGAUGAAACUGAAUACACAAUCUACAGUUGCAUCCGGGGCCGUCUUCUUGAGGUCAAUGAGAGUAUUUUAGAAACACCUACACUCUUGCUGGAAAAGUGCUUUGUCAAAUCUGAACAGCCAUCCACCGAAGGAUACAUCGCUGUCAUCCUGCCAAAGUUUGAGGAGAGCAAGAGCAUAACGGAGAAUCUUCUGAGCAGAGAGGAGUUUGAGAGCGUCGUCUCCAAACGUACUGUUGGCCAAUCACAACCCACUUGACGGAGCUCCACUUUCUCUACUUAUUUAAGUCAAAACUGUUCUGGGAGAGCUUCCCUUCAUUCCACUCCCACCAGGUUGGAUGAAGACUGAGAACAUUAUCCUGGAAUGUGACAUUUAUGUCAUUUAUGUGUGGUCACUUCAAAGGGACUAUUGCAGAUAAUGCAAGCACAGCACUGUGCCUCUAGACUAUUUACACAUUGCUUUUCAUUGUUUUGGAAAUUGAGGAAGGUUUCAGGAAGCACUUAGCAUUCAAGUUCUUUAUUCAUUGUUUGGUUUUUCUAAUUUAAAAAUUAGGAAAUAGAGGAAAGCAUGACAUAUUGUCUCUUUGUUAAAUACCCCGAACUAAUAUCCAGUUUGAAUUAUUUUUAUAGAAAGUCAAUAAAGACAACAGACAGUGAUUUAAGAAAAA